AUGUACACGUCAUUAUUGAACCAGCUGCCUGGCAAGGUGAGCGAGUACACCAAGGACGCCUUGCACCCAGUCGACUUUGAGUGGGGUGACCUGAUCCAAAUCGUGGUGGAUAUAUCCGUGGAACAUCAAACGUAUUGGAUGCGUUGGGGUGCUGGCGCUGGAAAGCGAAGUGGGACCAAGAGCCCGAAGCACAAGAAGAGCAAGCACGGCCAUGAUUAUCAAAAUCGUGGCGAAGACAAGAAGUCUAGUCGAGAUGACGGAACCACGGGCGUGAGUACAGUCGUGGACGUGAGGAGAGUCGUGGGUACGACCGAAGCCGUGGACGAAGCCAGGAAGGUUACCACAGCGGGCGUGAAUGACAUGGAAGUCGUGGACGCACAAGCGAGCGCAAUCAAAGCGCGUACCGUGGAAGCGAUUACUCCCGUCACAGAGGUAGUUCCCAAGAUGGCAAGUUUGGUUGGCCCAGAAACGACCAAGACACGAAGUUUGGAACCCCUCCGGCGCAAGCAAUCGAUCGCAACGCGGGAUAUCAAGAUUCGGGAAGACGAAGCAAUAGACGAAGCCGGGGUAUCAGUGGACUACGGCGGCGAAUGGAGAUCAAGCCUGGCCAACCGCUUUACCAACAACGUAUGGUGCGAUGGAAUCCGAACCGAGUUUGGAAUCAACCAGUACUACCACUGGAUGACCGAGCUACCCAUCCUGGACGGUCGAAUCGCACACCCGGUGCAGUGCCUGUUUUGCGGUGACCUUGAGCGCCUGUAUCAUUUCAAGGACUGA